AUGGGUUUUGACGUGGAAAGGUUAUUAGAGCCAGUGGACGACGAUUUGAAAUGUGGAAUAUGUUUUGGCGUUCUAGAAGAACCCUUAGCUACCCCAUGUGGACAUGUGUUCUGUGCCCAGUGUUUGGUUCGAUGGGCAGCAGAGAGCGGCUACUGUCCUCAUACAUGUGAGCAGAUUUCUGUUGACGAUCUCAAGAAGAUUCUGCCACUAAGUUACCUUAUCGCAAAGCAAAAUAUUCGAUGUGAAAAUUUUCGCCGAGGUUGCCCAGCCAUUUUAAAAGUAGAGGAUAUUCACUCGCAUCUUUUAAAAUGCCAAUACGUGAAGGAAAAUUCUUCCGGAGGCAGAAUUAUGGAACGCAACAAAGCGAACUCCCCGGAAGCUCGCGAAUUUACGCGAGUAGUAGUAUGUGAAAAUGGCUGCGGGUUGCCGCUGCUCUAUCAGGAUUCCAACGCACACGACUGCAUCAAAGCCCUUCAAGCGCAGGUCGCUUCGCUCCAAAUGAAAUUGACAAGGGCGGAGCAGGAGAAGGAAUUGGCCUGUGAAAGAAUAGCCAACAGGGAAGAGGUUUUUCAGGACCGAAUUUUAAAUCUGGAGAAUGAGUUACACAGCUACCAGAUUCAAGUGCUAAAUUUCGAAAGGCAAUUAAAGGAAUACCGAUCUCAAGUAGGAUUUUUACAGAAGCAUACAGACGAUGAAGCCGAUCAGGUAGGUGAUUUAUGAAUGAGCUGUGUAGCUUAGUGUUUAGUUGAUUAUGUUUUGUUCCAACUGAGCGCGCAUACAGACGCAGUGAUAUGUUUGAUUUGGGAACCAAACCGCAGAAUAGCUUGUAUGUUUUGAAGGUGCAGUGAGCUAGCUAGAUCAAUACCCGGAUCGUUUUGAUCAAUUAGUAGGCUCUGUGGGGUCCACAGAGGUAGUGAUUCCUCUAGAGGCCUAAGGCCCCUUACAACAAACGCCUCUCUCUGUCUCUCUCGAAACGCGGAUUUUUUAGAGAGUUAUUUUAGCUGGAGUUUGCUUCCAACUAUAACCUACUGAGUACUCAGUCUUAUACACUCUUAACGCACGUCGCCUAUUAAGCUAAACAAUAGCUUGCGCCAUGGACUGUGAAAGUAGUUUCGCUCGAAUUUAUCCAUUAUAACCGACACCCGACUGUUUUUCUAGCCAAGGUGAGCGACACUUUAUUAAGUUGUAAGUAAACAGACACAAGCGAAUUUAUACGUUUUCUAUGUGUUUUUGAUUACCGCUGCCAAUCGGUUGACUUUCAUAUAUCCUUUGACUUGCAGGCCGCCGAAGAAAUAGAAGUCGAAGUGUCUUUAUCCAGAGUGGACGGAUCUCUCGGUUUCAAUAUUAUGGGGGGCGCAGAGGUAUUAUAUUUUGUAAUGGUUUCUUGGUUAUUCUAGACAGCCCUGAUGCUCUGAAUCGUCACUUGGUUGAGAAUUUCGUUCGCGUCGCGCAAGUAAUCUCUUUGUUCGCGCGGUACGUGACACGAUCCGUCUUAAAAAUCUUGCUCUCAUUCUUUCGUCUGCUUCUUUGUUUUCUUUACAACUAGCCCGAAAUUUAUUCUGGCGGAGAACGCGACUUGCACAGGCAUGUGGUGCGAGAUUUGUUAGAAGAUUAUCACAUAACUAAAACCUUAUCAAACUCUAAUAAUUUUGUUAUCACGUCUAGUGAAACUCUGGGCGAUCUGACUGGUAUUGUGGCGAUUGAUAAGUAGGGUCCUUUAAGAAAGUUCCUCAGAAAAUGAACUCCUCUUUGUUUUGUUUUUGAAAGAGUGUACUCAUAAACACGGUUGGAUACCGAUGUAGUGAAAUAAAUGAGUGCACUUUUGUCUGUUUUCAAAUAUACUACGUUGUAAACCGCCGCGCGCGUUCCGUCGCGUUUCGCUUUCAUCGCGCGGAAACUUUGGAUUUCGAUACCCACGCAUUCCUUCUCAACAGCUACAGAAUUCUGCGCGUCUUUGUUUUGUAACAAACACUUCACUUUUCGCCGUUUUUAUUAUCAGGUCGGAAACAGUUCAGUUGGUGGUGGUAUUGUGGUUUCUAAAAUAGCAGACGGCGGACCGGCCUCGAAAGAAGAAGGACUUAAAGUUCAUGACAGAAUAUUGAAGGUAAGACCUGCUCCUGUAUUUGUCUUAACACCCAAACAAAGCCAUUCUCGCGCGCGUGUAUUACAGUAAAAUGUACAAGAUCUCUUUCAUCAUUUGCAUGACACCGUCGGUGACACGCAUAUCUUUAGAGAGCCGCUCGUGAUAUUAAAUUCAUCUUUUGUCUCGCUAACCGACUUUAUAUACACGCUUCAGUGGUGGGUUGUUCAGUUUAUGAAGCCUUCAUUGCUAAAGAGCUGGCCCUAAAAGGAUUUAUUUACAGAGAAUUGGUCGUAAUUUAGCUCAGCGUAUUAAAUAUUUUGUACGUUUCCGACUGUCAGCUUCGGAUUAAUGAACUAACUAACAAACCAUAUGCUUCCGUUGCUAAAGGAGAGACACUUUACUAGCUUGAUUACCACUUGUAAACAAAUUUGGCUUGCCUUUACUUAUACCACGUUAUCUUAAGGGGAAUUGGAUUUUACCACUCAGAGCUUUGCGCUAACGCGAAAACAGAUAACUCACGACAUUUUAAUUGCUCAAACAAAGACGGCUUCCCAUGGCGAACUGAAUUGAAAACCUCAAAGCCUUUUCUCUGACACCGUCGUGUUUAUUUUUCGCUUCAAGGACUCGUUUGAUGUUUGAAUAUGUCCCACCACGUGGUCUAUGUAUAAUUCGGGCGCUCUCGCGGCGAUCUUUAGUCUCCUGUUUGUUUAGCAUGCUGUACGUUCAACAGUUCAAAAUAGAUCAAGUAUUUGGCCUCGCUUGUUCCGCAGACCUCAUGUGAAAUGUCAAUCUUUUCUCCGCAGUUGGAAACCACUGCCCUGUCACGCGAGAUUCUUGAGUUCUCGCUGCGAUAAGAAAAGAAAGAGACCAGUUUGCUUUUGUGAGUUUCUUUGCCCACCUGCGCGAGCAAAAAUAAAUUAUACAAACCAGGAUGUAUUGUGUAGGCAUAGUCCAGGCUCUCGCUGUGUUUUACAAAAGGCGUUUAUCGGAAAUUGAUCUGUUAGUUGAACAAUAUACAGACUGAAGUUUAGGUUUUUCAGAAUAUUAGCAGGCAACCAAGAAUUGACAACAAUGCACCAACAAACUUCCCGUAGCCAAAGGCGAGACAAAAGUUUGUAGAUUUGUGGAACGAAGAGACAGUAGUCUAAAUGAAUUAUUUAUUUUUGUCUUCUCGCACAGCCCGUUGUCUUGUUGUGUUGCCUUCCAGACAAACAAAAAUUUGCGAAUGUAAUUCACGGAAAUAUGAAAGAAAAUCCUUUUGAAAGAUAUUUGAACUUUUCAGCUUCUAGGGUCAAAAACGGCUUACAUAAUACGCGCGUAACCGCGAUGGUAAAAUCUCUUUAAUAUUUCCCCCAUACCUUUCAACUGCAAAAGGGCACGUCUGUAAUCCUUCAUCAGCAAUUCAAGUAUGGUUUCUAAGGUUUCAUAAAAUCUCGUAAGAUAUCAGUAUGCUUGUCCGCAAAAGAAUCUUAAACAUGUAGCUUCUCAUGAGCUGGAAAUUCGUCUGACUUCUGGCUACGCGCUUAUGUAACCCCUCAAUGGACAAGUUAUUUCUUCGAGUAAAGUAUGAAACUUUGACGGUAAAUAUUAGCUUGCUACUUUUCUGCUGAAAAAUAAUGAUAUUUCGCCGGGGAAAAAUAGUGCAGAGCCAACAUGUAGAUUUUUAUUGGUAGCCGUAUCACAUCGCUUGGUGAAAAACCCGGGUGGAGGAAUCUUUCAUCGCUAGUCUCUUGUAUCAAAUGCCGAUUUCCUGUUCUCUGUCCAAUGUUAUGAUAGACAUUGUAGAAAGACACUUCGUAAGUAUUUUGAUAUAGCGUUACAACAUUAGGAAAAUGAACGACAGAAUUAACAUCAAACAAUAAAUCUCCUUCUCUUUGACCUUCAAAGGUCGCCUUGUAAUUUCACGGCUUUUACAUAGAUCACUAUCGCUCCUUUUACGUGCUUACUAUAGUAUAAAAGCUAUAUCUCAAUACAUGACCUCGAUCAAAGAACCCAUUUAAAGUCGUAAAGUGACUUGUUUGUAACAUUUCAGAUAUAUUGAUUCGGCGUUAAAAUUUCCUUUUGGGUGCCGAAGUUUUGGCUUCGCAAAGUCUAAGAGUCUAGGUUAGCUGAUUAUUUUCUUUAAUUCAUGAUAUUUCGGUCGAUUUACGUUUUUAAGAGGUAUUGUGUCAGCGUGGGUUCUAGAAAAACCAUUUCCUCAAUUCCUCGGAUCUCAGUUCCAAAACAAUUAUCAAAAACCCAUCAAAAGCUCUUCCGUUCGAAGAAGAUUAAUCGUCAGUCACUGACAAGUGGCUGAAAGUGUGUUCAGCCAAAUUUAAAUAUUGUUCUCUUUCCGUAACAUUUUUAAUUGACCUUUGAAUUUUCGAUACAGCCAUACGCUGUUUUGUAACUACAGGACCUGUUAAUCCUUAAAAGCUUAGCUUUUGUUAUAUUCUUUGCAUGAGAAAAUAAUCGCGGCAGUAUUUGUUGAUAGUUUUGUGAGGUGUAAUCUAGAUUAAAGCCGGUAGAAAAACUAUGAGUGGUACAUUCAUUAGAAUAUGUACAAAAAAUAGAAUUGAGGGAAAACUAGAAUAACUUUUUUGUGAACAACGAAAAUAAAAUUUUCCGCAUAUUCUAAAGAAUAUUUCCCAUUAUUAGCGAUUUUCUCAGCAUGACAACGUUGUCAAAUAAAUAAAAUAUUUGUCUUAGUAAUAUUUGAAGAAACAAGGUGUUUCGUAUGCUAAGAGUGAUUAAGAAUUCCCUGCUGUUCGUUAAAAAGGUGUUUUAUCGAAAUAUUGUGUGGUUUUUCCUUAAUACAAAAGAAAGGACGCAAAGUUUGAACUUUGACGUGAUUUCAGGGACAAAAAGGAAUUUGAUAAAAUCGCGUUUAUGUGUUAUAAACAGUAAAAGUAUACCGGACAGCAGCAGAUUAAAAAAAGAUAAAUAUAGGCCUGAACAUUGAAAAGCCUGGAAAUAACAAGCGCAUUUCAUGUAUUAGUAAUGUAGAACUCUAUUAACUGAACGAAAAUUCCUUGAAGUUUAGUCGAGUCAUCAAAGGAUUUACCAAGUUCCCUUGUAUAAGUUAUUCAGUAUUUUAGUGAAUACUUUUUAGUGACAAUUCGAAAAGGGAGAAUGGUCUUUUUAGAAUUUAACCGAAAAGACUUGAAGCCGUUUAAAUUACAAUAGCUAAAAUGCAGCUUAAUGUUGGUGCGAUGAAAGGCUGUUCGACUCAUUAAGUGACGGUAAGUGAAAAUCACUUUUCUAAAAUGCUAAACAAGACAGCGACAUUAAGAUAUAGAAAUACGUAGCCGACUGGCUCCUUCUCGCGCAGUUGAUUACUUAAAGCAUAAGCCGGCUGAUAAGUGAUUAUCUCUUGUCUGAGAAGGAAAAAAAAACUGUUAAUUUUUCCCGAAUUAACGAAUGAACCAUUUUCUAAUUCCGCCUAACGAACUAGUAGCAAUUCAUAAAUAUUUUUCCCAUUUAAAAUUCAUUUGGCCGGUCAUGCUUUAAAAAGGCAGAAGUUAUCAAAUUUUCAACUAAGUGUACUAAAUUGGAUUUAAAGAAACACAAAGCAAGAAACCGUUUUACAUUAUUUAUUGUUUUUGUAUACCCACGGCAGGUGUUUGUCUACAAACGGUAAUGAAUUUAGACAAACCGAAACAUUCUUAAUUUAUGCUAUUUCCCUACGAACUACUUUUCAAGAUUAUUUUAUACCAAAGAUAUAAAUAUCCAGAACUAAAGCCGAUAAAAUAUACAAGUCGAAAAUUAUAAUUAACGCGCAUAAUGCGGCGUUUUAUCGCAUAGUUUUGACUGCCCGUUGAGUAGAUAAAUCUGGUGCAGUGAGUGAUACAGGGUCCGAUUUUCACGGCGGCUCCAAAAACUAAAAUGUAUUUGUUGUCACCAUGUUUACGGCAAAUUUUCUACUGAACAGGAUAUUUAACUCUUUUGAACUGUUUUCUGAAAAAAAAACCUAUGAAAAUAAAUUUGAUUCAUUUGUCAUGCCGUACAAAAAUACAUUCAUUAGCAUUGUUGAAUUGCGGAAAGUCAUUCAGCAUCCUUUAUGAUAAAUAUUAUUUUUGAUUUUGUUUCCAAGAAACUAACUCUCUUAAAUUUAAUGCUAAAAAAACUUAUUAAAAACCCUGACGUCUCUCUUGUAUAUUACUAUACUUCUUAUUUUUACGUACAAUGAAAAAUUUUUGUUGGAUACAUUUUAAAGGAAGAUCGCAUGCUAACAUGUUAAUUAAUAAAGAACCAUCCAUUAGGUCGUGAUACCAACCUCAUAAUAGACAGAAAAAUAUUGACAUAAGUUUCAUAUUAUCCACUCGUUUCUCUCUCGUUAGUGGUAAAUAUUAUCAAUGUUUUUCAAAGUAGGACUUUCAAAGUCACGGAAAGUGUGUGAGAUAUAUAUUUUAAGAUAUCGCGGUAAAGUGUCCCCGAAAGUAUCGUCUAGGCUGAUUAUUACGAAAGGUGAGUGAAUUCAAACUUGAGCAAAACUUUACGAAUUGAAAUUCAUCGUGGUUUGUUUGCAGCAAAAAUGUACAGAUUUUAAUUAUUUUCCCCGGAAGAUCUAAUGGUCACCAAUAUGUAAUGAAACUAUUUUGGUAGCGAACGUAUCCAAUAUCUUCUAAGUUCAAGGUAAAAAAAAUAAUAAAAUAAAAUACGCUAAAUAUAAAAGUUCAGGAACAAAACAUAUCACUAACUGUUUGGGAUUUGCAAAAGUAAUUUGAUUAUUUUAAACCGAUUUUUUUUCAAUAUCUAUAAGGCGCACUUUUCCUUGUAGGAUUUCAGGGACUAAUUUGGUCAAAUUGAGAAAAUCCUUUCAAAGGUAUCUGACUGAUUCCCACGCAAUAUUGCAAAAGGGGAUAUUUUUAAUGUUAUCAGAGAAAAGAUUGGCUUGACCGCGGUUGGUCGGAGUGAAAAGCGAAAGAUAACUUUUUUAAGAUAGUACAUUUGGAAACGGUAUACCUUGUCUAGAUAAAUUUGUUUAUAUGAACUAGCUGGAAUGCCAGAGACCUACAGAAGUUGACCUUUUAAAUCGGUAUAUUUUUAAUAAUAUGGGGGGCAGCUGUAUGAUUUUACAGCGAAAAAUUUCUACCGUUUAACGUUGGUCAUAAUUAGUUGAUUGUAUUUGCCCCUAAGCGUUUUGUCAGUUCGCCAAAUGCAAAGCACUCUAUUGGUUCCUGUUUCUGGACGUUUGAAGGAUCGUCAAAAAAAACAAAAAGAGACAUCGUUGUUAAUGAUUUCACACGAGGGUUAUUCGUGCCUGUAAUGUUCAUACAAACACCUUUGAAUGGUACAUUGUAAUAAUAGUUAGCUAAAGCACAGAUUUAUAAUCAGUUUUGCGUUUUUCUUAGUGGUAUUAAGCAAACACAAAAGUUCUCAGGCAAUUCUUACGAAAAAGAUUCGAAUUCUCUGUUAAAUUGACUUUAAUGUGCUUUUGCAUUCUUUCGAUAUCGAAAAUUUUGUGCCAAUCUAUUUCGCUGAUACAAAUAACACAUGGCCUGAAGAUUUGCUUUUGUAUCUAUCACUGAAUCAUUCUACGAUUUGAAUUGCCUUUCUAAAUAGCCAAAAAUGGCAAUGUUUUUAGCAUUGAAAGGAUAACUCUAAUAAAAACAGACGUAAACUGCAUCUGGCAAAUCGAUCCUUCAACCAAGACUAAUGAUGAACGGAGCAGAUUUUCGCUUCAUUAUCAUCAGAAAGAUAUUGACGAAGGAAGUGCCAUCAGAUAGAAUUUGAAUUGUCCCUGGGAUUGUCUCGUUCAUACAGGAUGUGGUUUCAAAUAGUGAUUGAAGUUCCUGUACAAAAAGCGAUGAACCUUGAUGAUAUUUUCUUUUCGUACAUAAUUUGUUGUGGAAUCGAACCCACAGUAAAUUUCGCUCCUUAUCGCUUUUCAAAUCAUUGACCCUCACAUUCCUUAGUGUGCCAAAAAUUCCGAAUUUCAUUAAAAAAAAAUAGAAAAAGACAAAAACUCAAAGAAGACCAUGUCAAAGUACUGCUCAAGAGGUUUCAUUUGAGCGGACACACUGUUGCACUACAUGGGCCCGGCCUGCGCUCUUUCCAAAUGUAAUCACCUGCUGAAACAUGUUUAGCCCAAUAUUUAACUGCGAAUUGACUUUUCUGUCUCUCGUUUGUAAUUUGGAAGAAUAUUUCUUUACGUCUGUUUUAGGACAUCAUCGUACGAUCUUGCCAAUCUUACCACACCCCCAUUAUACUAAUGUAUGCAUUAAGCUAUUGUCUAUUUUUUUUUCUGGCACAAAAUUCGACAAAACCUCAACGCGUCAAUACAAAUGUUAUCAGUAUAUGCAGCUAAUUUUAAAAGGACGCCUAUAUUUUUGACAGAUGUACUCGUUAAUGGCUCCAUUUUAACUUCCUGGGCGGCAGUCAGUUUACAGUCGUGAUAACCUCGUAGAAAUGAUGUCUUAAACUGUAGCUCGAUUUGAGAUAAAACCCCAUUUUCUGCGCACAGCAGCUAUACUCCUGACACUAAAUAAAGGUGACAAAUCUUUCGUUGAUGAGGGAGAUUCCCACCGCUGUUAUUACCUGGCAACUGAAAAACACUUUAAUUUGUCUAGGAUGCAGCGAGUAACCCAAAUUGUUAAGAGAUGUCGUGGUAUCGAUUUCAUGAAAAUUGUUACCAUGCUGUCCCACACAGGCUGCAGAAAGUUAAAGCAAGUGUCACAAAAUGCAAUCAGAACGACUUUUCCAUAUGCUUUAAAUAAAGUAUAUUAAGACGUGUCAGAAAACGCAAAUCGUAUAUCCGUUUCUUAAGUUAUUUCAGUAGUGUAAGAAAACAGAACAGAUCCAUUUGUAAGAAGACGCUACGAAAGCGUUGUAGACGAAAUAAAGAUAGCAAAUGAACCAUUUAAUGUGAUUCAAUUUACGGGUUUGAAGGACCAAGGAGGAUGGAAUUUGCCUGGGGCUUUUUGAUUUGACAUGUGAUAAAAAGGUGCGAGAUAAGCAAGUUUUGAUAGGGCGAACAGUGUUCAUUGAUAUUUUUGAAAUUUAAAUCUUCUGAUGUUUGGAGGAGCGAACAAGAAGCUUGUAACUUAAAUAUUGAAGUUUUUGAAAAAUAAACAAACAAACAAAUAUAAACGAAACAAAGCAAAACAAGAGGAAAUAGCAAAAAAACUAUUUUGUGUCAACAUAAUUUAAUAAUAGUUUUAUUCCUUAGGUGUUAGCCUCUAGACAAUACAAAAUUUUAUCAGCUAGUAGUGUUGUGAAUCGUGCUUUCCUUUGCAAAAGCCAAAGCAAACAGCUCAACAAAUUCUGGAAACCAAUGUUGAUUUGUGAAGUUUAGGUUCCGGUCAGUGCGGAAAGAAAUCAUGUUAUCAGCUGUAGAAGAUUAAGUUGUUAACCUACUGCUUUGAUUUUGCGCCUGGCUGAUGGGGAAACAGAAAGACUUACCCUGACCAUAAUAUUUUCUUCUUAUAUUCACUUAACGAAAUGCGGUUCUUAUCAAGACGUGUAAAUUGAUAAGAACUGAUUUUGUUUUCUGGCGUCAGACUGCUGGGUAUGCUCUGCUGACUACAGAAUUUUUAUGAACUGCUACACAAAACGUCGAAAUCUUUGAAAAUCGUAAAUCACUUGUUCUUAUUUUUCUGUUCGAUGUUUUCACGUUGCAGGUCAACGGAACAGAUCUCUCAGAAGCGAGUCACGCUACAGCUGUGGAAGCUAUCAAGAGUGCCUCUGAACCGCUGCAUAUUCUGGUGAAACGCAAGCGAACCGACGUGAUACCCCUUAUGCAGUACGUCCCCGAGGUGAUCUCAUCUGGAACACAGACAGAUCUCUUCCUUUCUCAAGAAAUAGAGAGUAUGGACACGGAUAGCGGAAUACACGACAGAUACAGCCCUCGACAGGAUUUGUUGAAUCCCUUCGAGAAAUCACUUGACGACGGAACAAGUAGUUCCGAAUGCUCACGCCGUCGUUUAGAGUCAUUCUGCAGAGACGAUGUAGAAAAUCUGCGGUCGACAAGCGAGAGCUUGCCGAGCUCUGAGAACAUUGUCAGUAGUGAGCAGGGGACAUUGCCUCGAGUCACGUUCGCUGUAAAAGAUGUUAAUUACGUGGACAAUGUAGAUGAGAACUCAAACUGUAGGUUGGAAGGACAAUCGUACGUGACUGCAGUUUCUGACGAAAUAUAUUUUGACCCUGAGUUCGACUAUGAAUAUGAGGUGAGUAUUGGUUGAUUACGUCACAGUUUGACGCCUAAGAGUUCGAGAAAAUAUACUUGCCAUAACAGUAUUCUCGAAAACAAGGCGCAAGGCGUAUCAGGGGCACCCAACGUCAAUUUUCGUAAAAUAUCUGUUCGGAACAUGAUUUGAGAUCUAGAAUUUUCGGAACAUUUGUUGUGAAAUUUCUUGCUUGCCUGCCUCUCCUAGGAUUUUCGAACAUCUAAAAAAUGGUAUAAUUGCCCAGUUUAACGGAUUUUUACCCUGAAAAGGUCACCUAGAAUUUUCGGGAGCCUUUUUUCUGGCUCCCUAUAAUUUUCGGAUCACUAGACUUUCAGCUAAGAAAUCCGAACAGAUGAAAAAUUUUUAGGGGAUAAAAAUAUGCCCACAUCUACCGUUUAAAUACUAAAAUUCGUUUAACCAUCCUAUGUUUAAGUGGUUUUGAACUAUAUUCUCGAUGGGUGCCGCUGGCGCAUAGCAAAGCCUUCCUACAUCCGGUGCCCCGUUCUAAGUGGUGUAAUUAUUUGAAUGAUGCGUGAUAAUGGACUCAGAGAAAACUCCACGCCUUUAUAACCUUGACCAAGAAGUACUGUCCGUUGGCUUUCAACAGAAACAUUUCAUUGAGGGUCCCUUAACAGACAGUGGUAAAUGCCUUCUUUUCCUGCUGAUUUUACCAGGAAUUUCCGAAGGAGGGUCGAAAAGCGGUGUUGUGAAUGUACCGGUUGAUAACCAAUAUUUUGAAAAGAAUUUCAAGAGUUGAUCUUGGCCUUCUGAAGAAGGUCGCGCGUACACGUAAAAGUUGAAUCUCUCUUAACUUGCUUUUACGCGCGACCUUUCAUACGUUGCUUCUAUUUUGUCUAUUUAUUUUUGGCGCGGAAAUUUACAUGCGUGCGCAUUCGCGCGGCCUUUUAUACAUUACCUAUAUUUUAUUUCUUGCUUAACCCUAACCGUAAUUAACCCGUAGAAAAAUACGCUGCAGUGGAAAUCCACCCUUAGCAUGGCUGCCACAGAUCAGGAAAUGGUCAGGGCAAAAAUUUUCUUUUAAUGUCAGGGAAAAGUCAGGGAAAAUUCAAGUCUUGGAAAGAAGUUAGGGAAAAGGGAAAUUUUAAGAGUACAUAUUUAUUUUCUACUGUAUUUUAAAUUCUUUUGUACAUUUUACGGACACGAAUCAUGUUGUAUUGGUAGAAUAUUGUCCACGAAAUUGAACGCAUGCUGAUGUUGGGUUUUCGAGAAAAACAAUCGUUUUUGCACAUAUUGUCCAGGAACUAUAUCAAUUCAUGUACACUGAACGUGACUUGCUGAAAGCAUUAAACAAUGGCAGCGAGGGAAGGAUUAAGUCCAUUUUCGGGACCAAAUUAUAAAAUUGUUAAUUCAGUUGGUCAGGGAAAUUUUAAGUUUGUCAGGGGAAAUUCAAAGAAUUUCAGAAACCCAUGGAUGUGGCAUCCAUGUUAGGAUUGUUCAAAAGGGGUUGGGAAAAAUCUUAGAUACGCAAGACUAACGCCAAAGAGGUUUCACUUGUAUGGCAACACCAAAGGAUUUCAUCCACAGAUGCGAAAGUUAGAAUGACAAACCAUCGCACAACAACACAUGAUUUAAGUCCUGGUGUCGGCCCGAUUUGUUUUACGACCUGUCGAUCCACGUUUACUAUCCUGGCCUUUUGAACCGAAGGUCCAGUCCGCUAAUCUUUAUGUGUGUUUGUUUUGACUGAAUCCGUUCCAGGAAAUAACUCUCUGGAUAGCAAACAGUGAUCUAGGAUUAACAUUCUGUUGCGGGGAAGAAGAUGAAUCCACGGUACAUGUGUGCGAGGUAAGCUAAUUGAUUAACUGGAAAAUGAGAAAGAAAACUUUGGAUCUGGUUACGCGACCGUUUUGUACUUUAAUUACACAAAAGUACGAAGCAUUACACUCUGACCGCCAUCGUUACGUAACUGAAAGCGCUGUACUGGCAACUGUCAACAGUUUCUCUCUUUCUUCCCAUUAUGAUGGGCAAACGUUUUGUGACUGAUUCAUUGAGCAGAAAAGUUGGCUGCUUGCCUUAACCAGCUAGAGAUUCCAGGCCUUGUAUUAUGAAGAACCGUCUAGAGGCAAUUAAUGGCGACUCAAUAGAAGGCCUCGGUAUGUGUGCCUGUCGACUGUGAUCUGCGGACUAUUAUCUUGUUAGUGCCCUCAUCGGAGAUCUCUUCUGAUCACCAUAAUCUUGUUACUGAGUAAAUGUGCCUUGAUCUUGUUAGAGUCGUUCAUUUAAAAAAACCACAUCGCGAUCUUGUUUGCAUACCACCCACUGUUCUCCUUAGUCUUUGCCCAGGUAAUACAACUGAAGUCAAGACUGUUAAGACAAGACUAAAACUACCAGAUCUAUAAACCAAUAUUGUUAUUCGUCCUGACCAGGGGAAAGCGGUUACUUACAUCCCAUAACCUCGUGCAAUUUUCUAUGCCGAACAUUCCUUCAUUUUUGGCUAAUUUGGGAGGGCCUAUUCAGUUUACGUUUAAACUUUUUAUUUAAGUAAGUGCUUCCGGAAUGAAAAAAGCUUAGCCUUGCCGAAAUCGUAAUCAAUCAAUAAACCUUUCCCGCAUUCCUGUAAACAAAGGAGCGGAAUGGAGCGGAAUGCGGGAGAGGCCUAUUGAGCGUAAAUUACCGCCAGUACAUUGUUGAAGACUCUAUUUUCUAUUGUUACUUGUUAUACACUUGCUGUCUUAGUAGGUAAUGGCUGGCUUGUUUGAAACGUCCGCUGACAUAUAGGAAGUAGACACCCAUGAGCCGGCAAAAACAAAAUGUCCCUGACUUAUUAAAGUAAAUCAAGGUUAUUGUGGUCUUUUAAUGCCAAAAAAAAGGUUGUCGAAGACGUCUUUGUUCUUGACCGUUAAUCUUCCCCGACACCCUUUCGUACCUGCGGAAUCACCCUUUUUCUAGAGGAAUUCAAAACAAGACCAAAUUUGUUAUUUCUUUUGACAGAUUGAUCCCGGUUCCGUGGCAUACCUUGAUGGAAGAUUGACCCUGUGGGAUGAAGUUUUAAAGGUAUGAGAUAUUCAGUGAAGGCAUCAACUAGUUCUAAACUGUUACACGGAAAAACCCUCUUCAUACGGACACCACAGGGACAGAGCCAUGUGUCCGCAUUACAAAGGCAUCCGUAUUAUAAGGGUAGGAAUUUGGUAACCUUGGGUAUCUUGGCCAAAAAAGUCAAGAAACUGUUCGCUAUUGAGAGGUCCCUAGGUUGUGCUUAACUUCUACGCUAACUGGCAGCCACACCUUUAAAAUCUAAAUAAAAUGCGUCUGCGAAGAGCUAGACGCGGUAAAUCGGUAGAAAACCUAUAGUAGCAAGGCGAGUUCCUUUCAUACACUAAACACGAGCUGUGAGUGUUUUAACGUAGAAAUACAAUUUGAAGGCGCAGUUUCACAAACUUUAGACGCCCAAAGUGAGAAAAGUCGGAACUGCUGAACUACGCGAUACCGCUGUUUAUAAAAGGAAAUCGCGAUCGAGCCGCACUUGUUGGAGUAAUUAACGUGACUGCAACUGUUCAUUUGUUUCCGCAGAUCAAUGAUGCGCCUGUUACGCACAUAAGUGAUAUAGAACCAUUGGUUUAUGAAUCAUCCGAGACUAUCAAGUUUCUUGUAGCUCGGCCGGCUCAAGAGGUUUGUACAUCAUCGAAACAUUGCUUUAACCCUUUAAGCCCUUAGAGUGAUCAGCAUCAAAUUUCUCCUUGUAACAUCAAUGCCUUGUAAAACAGAGUGGUCAUGAGAAUUAUGGAUAUGAUCUCUCAAGAUGAAUUUGCUUGAUAUUUUAGAAACUUCUCCCCAAUACUUCUGUAGCAAAUCAAUAAGGGCAACAAAUGAGAAUUCAAAUUUUGAUCUUAGGGUUAAUUAUUACUGUUACUGUGUCACCUGUGAAAAUAGAUUUUCCAUAUGAGGUAGUCGGGGCUGUUCCUACUAAAAGUGAGUCUAAAGGAAUAAAAAGCUUUCGUGGGAUAAGAUAAGACAGGAUAUUCAAUUUAACUUAAGUGCACAGGUUAACCAAUCAAUAUGGCAUGGUAUCCUGUGGCUUUCGCCUCUGCUUUGGCUUGCGUUGAUGCCUCAUUCCUGUCGCUCUCGUCAUUUGAUACAUGGUAACAGAUGAAUUAGCUAAGCGGACUAUGUUAAGUAGGAACAUUUUUAUUUGAAUUCCUUUGGCAAACUUUAAGUGAGAUUAAGGAUUCCUGGUGCGCCUACUUCGAGAUUUAGUUUGCAUUGAAAGAGUUUAAAACUGUCGAUGAGAGGAACAGAGACAAGUUAUGAGAGUGUUUUUUUUUUAAUUUUGGUCUGAUAAAUGAUUAUGACAUUCGGUGGAAAUAUUAUAAAAUCACGGAAAAAGGCACAAAAUGUUUUGUAUUUUGUUUGUCCGCACUUAGUUAACGGAAGCAAUACUUUUUUCUCUCCUCGUAAUAACAGCGUGGCCAGUAGUUACAUUUUCUUUGUAAACUCCGUCUUAUAACAGAGGGGAAUGUUCAUAAUCUGUGUAAAAGAAAUUUCUGCACGCAAUAUUAUUGAGGAUUGCGUGUUUGUAUGUAUUUUCAAAACACAAAUCUGUACCUUUAUCAAUAAAACCCAUUCUAAUACGGCAAGGUGUAGAGCUCAAGUUGCUUUCUAAUAGCGAUCAUUUUGUCGACUUAAAUUGUUUUUCUUAAGCAGCGUCACGGAAUUGUUGUUUGUCAGCCCUGUAAGAGGACGUGAUUAAUUUUUUUUUUAUUUGUAAGAGGUUUCCAACCUUGCCCGCAAAUGUGAAAUUUUAUAUCGCAGAAUUAUAGAACUGGUCAAUGGCUGUUCGUAGACCUUUAUGUCGUGCACUUGACAUAAUUGGAUUCUAUGUUCUUUCGGUUUUCUCUUUAUACGUAAAAAGCAUUUCACAAUGGAUAUCGUCUUAAUGUUAAUCCACUGUUAAACAUCUAUUUUUAAUCCUUAGCAAAACUACUGAAUGCUACUAUACGAUGAAACAAAAAGUUUUCAAACAAUAUACCGUGUAAACUUCUGAAACUUGCGUUUCUUGCGAAAGUCUAGUUUCAAAUGCCUGGUACUGGUUUAUAUCGCAACACAAGGUCGAAAGUCGAUAGUGUCUUAUUUGAUAAAGAAAAAUCGUAUGUUGAUUGAAAAGAUCAAAAGCGUUGAUUUAAACAGUUUCGGAAGCACGUUUAUUAUACGUCUGGUAUGUAAAAGUAAAAACGUGAAGCAUGAAGGAAGCUGGAAAAAUGGGUCGCGUCGGCGAGAACAAGCGAAGGCAAGCUUAAUUGCGCUUUUGGAGGUCUUUCUGUUACAAGUUUACUUUAAAAAGUCUUUCUUUGUUUUAGGGGGUGUUUUGGCGUCUAGACAAUAUUUUCAUUAGAUACUAUGAAUAGACUUUAAGUAAAUCUUUGUACACUACUUAUGCUCAAAUUUAUCACAAGGCUGUGCCAUAGGGCAAAUGUUUUCAGACUUAAAUGCAAAGAUCUCGAUAACUUUAACUUUUAGAGCAUGCGCAUUCCUUUGGUGUAGUACUGUAUUUAUAUAGAGCCAGACAUGGUGGUUCUUGCUAACUCAGUAUGCGUUCUUAAUUUAAGUUCAAAUAGCUGUUUACUAUACUCUAAAACUACUCUUAAGCGAAGCUGUGAACUUAACGUCCGUUAGUCUUAGUGUUUAACAGUAUCAAGUAGCUUGAUCGUGUUCAACGUAUUUCCUUUUGGGUGAAAAAUUCCAAUAACUGUCUUAUCCUUAAAAAGCUUUGCGGACAAAAAAUUAACUUCUUACUGAAAGCAAAUUAGAUUACAUUUCACAGAGCCGGCAACCUGCCUGCCGAACUCAGACAAAGUUAAUCUCGUUGUAAUUCGCCUUGGUAUUUAAUGCGAAAAUGGUAUAAAAAAUAAUUAGCCGCAAUUUUUUAAUGCUGAUUAACAGUGUUAAAUCCAAUUAAAAUACCAAAGGUGAAAUCGUUCGUUUAACAACCAUGAUAUCGAUCUUUGUAGUGAAUGGAGGCCUGUAAGGAGAGAACCGAUAGGUCACAUUGUUUUUUGCUCCUUGUGUUUCCAACAUAAUUAAAGGUACUUAUCUGUUCAUAGGUGUUACCCCUGGGGGAAAAUGGGAUUCCUUGAUGUAACCCGCGGGGGAUGAUUUACAUUGGUUGCAUUAAUAUUAUAGAUAGUUAAUUAAGCCAAUUUAUUCUUGUGUCCUCUAGGUGCAAGCCACUCUCAUAGGUAGCGAGGGAAGCCAGGACUGGAAUUUUAUUGACCCCAUAGACGAAGAUUUAGGAAACUUUAGAAUUGGCGUAAUCAAGGAAGAAGAAGAAGACGGAAAAGAUGAGUUAAAUAGAAACUUGACGAACGGGUAUAAGUGUGAGAAAGACAGUGGAGUCGGGAAAACAGACGAGAGUACGAAAAAUGACGAAAGCUCCGAGCAGGACUUCGGAGAGGACGCUCUUAUGCCACAGAACUCUUGUAAAACUCCAGAUGCCGAUGUUACUAAUAGCUUUGCUAUUGGUGAUGCAAAUUCACUGGAACGGAAGAGCAGUUCAGAUUCUUCACCAAGUAGAGAGGAACGAGCGUUUUCUCCCAUACGGUCGGGGGAAAACAAGUCACCUAUCAAAUCGACCCAAGUCGAUAAAGGCUCUUGUCGGAAUAACAAAGAACGUUCUGAAAGCAGCUCAAAACGCCGUAGUAGUGAAUCUUCAAGUAAAAACUGUCUUUCUCCUACGCGAAAUGGCGGCUCGCCACCAAGAAAGGAUAAAGAGAGAGGAAAGGAACGAAAGAAAACGCGGGAUUCUCAUAAGGAUAGAUACGGUGAUGAAUCCCGCGGGGAACGCGAUCGUGAUCGUGAACGAGAGCGUGACCGUGAUCGAGAUCGUAGCCGGCACGCAGAUCACAGGCGAAGUAAUAAGCUCGGCAAUGUAAGCAGGACAAUUCGUGCGUCUUACAUAAGAGCUGUAAAUAAAGACUCUACUCAACACAUAAACUGGAUCGGUGAGUCGGACUGUUUUGGUGGAAGAUCCGAUCAUCAAGACCAUCGCAGCAAAAAGAAGACUAAUUUAAAUGACAAUCAGUCCCUGAACGGGUCUCAACAGAACAUUGAGUGGAAAGUGCGCAUGUCCAAGGAUGGCAGUCAAAUUUUUGUUCGCAAGCGGCCUGCCACCCCCGCUAGACAAGCCAGAAACAAACUUCUCCGCGAACGUGCGCAAAAAAUCACGGACGAACGCAAAGGCUUGACUACGGAUGAUGACACGCACACAGUCUAUCAAGGCCGCUACUGGCCGCGCGAGGAACGGAGACGACAUCUAGAACGGGUGCGGGAAGCGCGCAAAAAGAAAUUUCAAAAACUCCAACAAAUUAAGGAGGCUGAAAGCCCGCACACGGGCAGCGGUUCUGAGAGUGGCAAAGGACGUAGGGAUUUAAUAGUGGAAAUGAGCCACAGAAGAAUGAACAGGAAUAAGCAACAACAUUUUGAUGACUUUACGACUGUUCGGGAGUAUCUAACCCAGCGUAACCCGGACGGGUCUCCGGUUGGUCCGAUACACGUAACUACCGUUUAAUACUGACCUUAAAAUAAGGCAUUUUGAUGGUUAAACGAGCGAAAAUAAUAUUCUUAUAGUUAAUUUACCCUUCACAAGGGCUGGAGUUGUCGUUAUUGUUAGUAGAUUUACUUUAUCUUUUGCGCGUUGUGUAUACUAAAGUUAAAGUUAUGGAAUACCUUGUGGUAAUUGUUUUUUAACAAUACCAUCUGUGACUUAUGUUAAAAAAAAAAAUUCUCGCGCAAACAAAAGUUUUUACAAACCUUCUUACAACUGUCAUUGGUGUUCCAGUUAGCCCUAAAUAAAUCGAUAAAAUAUAUUUAUCCGUCGAGGCAAAUAUUUGGAUAGAAGCGUUACGCAAUCCUUUUCGCGGCGUCGCGUGACACGAGGUUAGAGACUGAAGACGCAACGUUAUUUGUUGCCACACGAUUUCUUGUUCAUUGUCGGAAGCUUGUAAUUUAUUGCCACCCAGUUGUAUCUAUGUAAAAAAUAGUAAAAGAUGUAGUAUUAUGUGAAACAAACAAAUUUAACUAUUGUCAGAUUUAGUAGAAUUGAGGCUUUUUCCAUUUCUCCAAGUGGGAAGCGAAAAGGAUGUCAAAAUGGGUGUUCUUAAAGCUUUCUGGUUUCAGUUCUCCUUUGGGCAAGUGGAUCUUUAAAGAAGAAUUGAACACAGUUCCCUUUCAUCAAAAGAUCGAAUACACUCGACGUGAAUACUACUUUUCUCUUUUUUAACCGAAAUAUGCAGUAGCACUCGAUGGGAAAAGUUGACCCUUAUCUCCAAAAAGUGCAAAAAAUCAAUUUAAGGAAAAAAAACCCAGAUUUCAUGUCACAGCUGAAUUAAUGAAAAAAUGGCACCAUGUGAAGUUACGAAGAGUCUUCAUCCAAAUGGUCGCAUCAAGAGACAUCGUCCUACAAAUUGAAAAGUUUUAUUCGGCUUCAGUAUAUAUACCCUAUUUAGUCUUUUUGAUGUACAAAGACUAUAGUGUUAUUGGUUAAUGGGUAGAGCUAGUUGUGUUCUUUGCGACGUAACCCGGGACUGGGGCUAUAGACUUUGUAUUUAGUGCCCUAACCCAAACGUUAACUUCGCGUUACAACCACAUUUUGUCCAUUUCACGAUAAUUUUUAGUAUUUUAGUGUAUGAAAUUUGGGAUUCUUUUUGUCUUUUGCCCUUUCCUGGAAAUUAUUUAAAAACGCGUUAUUACGCAUUCUUUCUUUCUUUGUUGCUUCUGAAAGUUUCAUUGAAUUUAAACAUCGCCAGAUUAAGCUAUUAUGAUACAAAUGAACAGAGUUGUUGUUACUUUCACUUCAGCUAGUUCCUUGUAAAAAAUGUAGCUUGUUGGUGAAAGUACGCUAUCGUAGCACAGAAACUCGAUUUUCUUGGUGUUCUUUGUCGAGCAAAGAUUUAAAUAAUUUAUGUUAUUGCGAAUUUGUAAAUAAAAUUUAUUGAACAAGAGCACUGAACGCUUCACUUCUUGGUCAGUGUCUAGUACUGUUUGCCUUCAGUUAAGUAACUUUUUACCUUGGGCG